AUGUCUAUGCUCAACCCCAUUGACGACCCCUCCUACAACACUUCCGGCUCCAGCAACACUUUCGGUCAGAGCCCUGCUGCGCCUGGCUCUUACAACACCUCCAGCGGCUUGGGAGGUUCUCACACUGCUGGCCCUCAUACAAGCAACACUGCCAAUGAGUUAGAUCCCCGUGCGGACAGCGACCGAUCGUCAGCUUCUGGUAACUCCUCAUCGACAAACCCCCUGAAAAACAACACUUCCGGCUCCUAUAGCACCAACAACCCCUUUAGCUCGUCCUACGGCAACAACACCACCGCUGGCCCUCACACCAGCAACACCGCCAAUGAGCUCGAUCCCCGUGUGGAUAGUGACCGCUCAUCUGCCUUUGGUCACUCCUCUACCACCAACCCCUUGAAGAACAACACUUCUAGUGCCUACGGUGCCAACAACUCUUACGGCGGCUCGUACGGAACCAACACGACUGCCGGUCCUCACACCAGCAACAUCGCGAAUGAGGUGGAUCCUCGUGUCGACAGUGACCGGUCUUCUGCCUAUGGUCACUCUUCUUCGACAAACCCCUUGAAAAACAGCACUUCUGGUGCCUUCGGCUCUAACAACACUUACGGAUCAUCCUAUGGCACCAACACCACCGCUGGCCCUCAUACCAGCAACGUUGCGAACGAGAUGGACCCUCGUGUCGACAGCGACCGAUCUUCCACCACCGGUCUGAACAGCCGUACUCUCCAGGGCUCCGUUCCCGAUGCCAGUGCGGGUGGCUUCGGCCAUGCUGGAAGCGCCGGACUCACUGGCGCCUCCGGAGCCUCCGGCUACGACCGUACCACUGGUCCUGCUUCCUCGACUGCCGGUCCUCACACCAGCAACGUUGCCAACGAAGUCGACCCUCGCGUCAACAGCGACCUCGACAGCACCGGAGCCCGCAACAACGUGUCUCGAAGCAGCCGCACCACCGGUCCCGCCUCUUCUACGGCCGGACCUCACUCCAGCAACGUUGCCAACGAGGCCGACCCUCGCGUCGACAGCGACCUGAGCAACUCUCGUCACGCCUCGACUCACGACCGAACGACCGGCCCUGCCUCCUCCACCGCAGGCCCUCACUCCAGCAACGUUGCCAACGAAGCCGAUCCCCGCGUUGAUAGCGACAUGAGCAGCGCCCGCAACAGCACCACCGGCACCGGCUCCACCGCCGGCAGCAAGAUCAACCCCAACGAUGUGCACAUCGACACUUCCCUCCCCAACGCCCUUGGCCACGAAGGUAACAUCCGCGGCUCGGUCACCGGCCAAGCCAGCGAGGGUGUCGCCGGCGUGCUCCCCAUCAGCGGAAGCGCCGGCCCCACCACCACCAAGGUGUUCGAGCCUCACGCGCACGCCAACGGCGGUGAUCCCGCUCGCUCGGGUCCUCACUCCUCCGCCACGGCCAACAAGAUGGACCCUACAGUCGACAGCGAUCGCGACAACCGUGCCCGUCACGAAGGCAUGGCUAGCAGCAGCUACAACACCCCCGGCAGUGGUCGCGCUUCUGCCACUGCUGGUCCUCAUGACAGCAACGUUGGUAACAAGAUAGAUCCGACCGUUGACUCUGAUCUGGACGGUACUCAGCGUGUCUAA